AUGCCGCCUCCAAAAAGAGACAAGAAAAGCGUUACUCCACAACCUCAGGAAGCACGUAUAGAAGAUAAACCACCAGCAGAAUUGUCAGAAAAAGAAACUAUCUUAACCAAUCAUCUGGAAGAAAUCACAAAUGAGCUUGAAAGGUGUCGAGUCAGAGUUACAGAAUUACAAAAUUUCAAUAAAUGGUUGGAAGAUGAAGCGACCAAAACUCGAAUUGAAAGUCAUGAAUAUAUGAAUUAUAUGGGUAAAAAGACCAACAAGAGACAAAUGGCCAUAAUCACAUUGAGUGACCACAACAAAGAGAUCAUCAAGAAUAUUAAAGAAGAAAAGAAACAAAUGGAAGAAGAAUAUGAAGAGAAGAAAAAAGAUCUGGAAACAAUUCUUUUAGGAAAGCAACAUGUCCUUGUAAAAACCAAGCAACAAAUGAAUGAACUGAAUGAAUGCAAAGUGCUUCGCGAAGAACAAUUCUCCAAGAUUCAAGAACUUGAAGAUGAGAUGGUUAACACAAGGAAUCAACAUGCCAAAAGCAUCCAGGCACUUAAAGAGAAUUUUCUCCAUGACAAAGAAAAAUUUCGCCUUGAAGCAGAAACCAAAAUUCGGACAUUGCAACAGGAAGCAAACAAGGAGGCUUUGCGUUGUUUGUCUGAAUACACUCAUAACAUUCAAGACGAGAAUCGUGUUCUUCGGAAACAGUUACUGGAAUUAUUACAGAAGAACCAUGCUUUAUUGAUACACCAGAAAAAACUAGAAAAACAACAAAGAGAAUUAAUCCAGGAGCAACAGUAUGCUGUUGAUUUGCAAAAAUUGCGUGGAAGGAAGCUGCUGAAUGCAUUAAAAAGUGAAGAUCCAGGUUGUGGCCAUGACUAUCCUGGCCUGGCUGUCAGUAGUCUCCACUCAUCUUCCUAA